UGGUACACAUAGCUGUGCUGCUGAAGCUAACUGCUCCAACACCCAGGGUUCCUUCAUGUGUAUGUGUAACCCUGGAUUCACCGGCACUGGCAUGGCCUGUCAGGACCUUGAUGAGUGUUCUCUUGGUACACAUAGCUGUGCUGCUGAAGCUAACUGCUCCAACACCCAGGGUUCCUUCAUGUGUAUGUGCAACCCUGGAUUCACCGGCACUGGCAUGGUCUGUCAGGACCUUGAUGAGUGUUCUCUUGGUACACAUAGCUGUGCUGCUGAAGCUAACUGCUCCAACACCCAGGGUUCCUUCAUGUGUAUGUGUAACCCUGGAUUCACCGGCACUGGCAUGGUCUGUCAGGACCUUGAUGAGUGUUCUCUUGGUACACAUAGCUGUGCUGCUGAAGCUAACUGCUCCAACACCCAGGGUUCCUUCAUGUGUAUGUGUAACCCUGGAUUCACCGGCACUGGCAUGGCCUGUCAGGACCUUGAUGAGUGUUCUCUUGGUGUAGAUAGCUGUGCUGCUGAAGCUAACUGCUCCAACACCCAGGGUUCCUUCAUAUGUAUAUGCAACCCUGGAUUCACCGGCACUGGCAUGGUCUGUCAGGACCUUGAUGAGUGUUCUCUUGGUACACAUAGCUGUGCUGCUGAAGCUAACUGCUCCAACACCCAGGGUUCCUUCAUGUGUAUGUGUAACCCUGGAUUCACCGGCACUGGCAUGGCCUGUCAGGACCUUGAUGAGUGUUCUCUUGGUGUAGAUAGCUGUGCUGCUGAAGCUAACUGCUCCAACACCCAGGGUUCCUUCAUAUGUAUAUGCAACCCUGGAUUCACCGGCACUGGCAUGGUCUGUCAGGACCUUGAUGAGUGUUCUCUUGGUACACAUAGCUGUGCUGCUGAAGCUAACUGCUCCAACACCAAGGGUUCCUUCAUGUGUAUGUGUAACCCUGGAUUCACCGGCACUGGCAUGGUCUGUCAGGACCUUGAUGAGUGUUCUCUUGGUACACAUAGCUGUGCUGCUGAAGCUAACUGCUCCAACACCAAGGGUUCCUUCAUGUGUAUGUGUAACGCUGGAUUCACCGGCACUGGCAUGGCCUGUCAGGACCUUGAUGAGUGUUCUCUUGGUACACAUAGCUGUGCUGCUGAAGCUAACUGCUCCAACACCCAGGGUUCCUUCAUGUGUAUGUGUAACCCUGGAUUCACCGGCACUGGCAUGGUCUGUCAGAUGAUAGCGGCGUGGCUUUACUUGCCGGCAACGCUAGGGCCUUUCAGCCGGUCGUCCAUUGCAAGACGGGACGUAUUGCAUCCUUCCUACGAGGACGCAGUUGGACACUGCGCCACCAUUGGCUAUUACCUUGGUAGUGAAGAGAACAUUCGGGAUUGGCAUGACAAUCUUCGGAGCGACUUCAUAACUAUCGCACGCGAUAACGCAGGCCCGUAUUACACUGCCAGCUCAGCAGCCAACCCGAGAGUUGUCAGCAUCUUUUCAUCAGGCUCAGUAAAAUUUAGCAAUACCGAUAACAGUCCGGGGAGGCCUUACCGGUCGCUCUGUUUCGUGUUAUGUAAUAACGGAUUCAUGGACACCUCAGUACCCAGUGCGCCUGUAUGCAGGUGUCUACCAGGCUGGGUUGGCAAGCGAUGUGAAAAACGUGCUGUAGAUGGUUUUGCCAGUACAAUUUCGUGGGUUGUGCCCAACACCGGGCGGUGUAAACCUACGUACACCGCCCCACUGCAAUGUGCCCAGAGCGGCCGCUACCAGUGGCAACCUGCCCAGGGCUCGUGCGACCAGUGGUAUAGUAGCAUUGCGACACAGCUACCCCUGCACAGCCCGGCUGCAUCAGCCUUCCAUCGCUUGGUCAGCGAGCUAACCGUGGCCGGCUUUCACCAUCGUAUGUCCGUCUGGCUCAACAACACUGGUGUUGGGUCCCUGUACAGCCUGAGCAGAGAGGCCCUCAGCGCUCCACAUAUCAACACUUCUGUCACCGGUGACCCAGUCGGAGAUAUAAUCUGCCAAGCUGAUUGGACACACACAAAGGUCAUGUACAUGCAGUGGCAUGCGCGUGUGGCAGUCAAGGCAGCACCACCCGUAACCGCCGCUGACCUGUGGAUGAUCCCGGUGUUCUGUUCGGCCAUGAAUAUGUCAAUGCCGCAAUACGACUCCCGCUUCCAAUCGGGACUGUUCUAUAACGCCAUGCGUCAGCUCGGCUUCGCAGGCCCGGAGUUUAACAUACCGGUGCAGUCCCUAACGUACGGCAGCAGCUUCUACAUAGCAAGGAUUUUGUCGCCAUCUCAUUCGCUGAUCAAUUUAACUCCUGGCAAAUUACAACCGACGUACAGUCCAGUAUGCAUCAAGUUGUGCUCGGCACGUGAAUCCUUGAGCGACUUCAAUGAAUGCCUGCCAUAACAGGCACCUCCGUACAAAAAGGGAAAUGGUAGAUGUCGCAGUGCUUGCAACAACAGACAACGUCGCCGACCAACGGAGUACAACCACAGGAGAGGCCAACACUAUUCCCGUCAAUUCCGUUUCUGCCCGUGUGUUUGAAAAUGCCGUGAUGUCUGCCUCCCUAAACCUCAGCCCCACUGCCCCGAUUCGGGUUGUGCGUGCUUCCCCUAGCUGCAUCUUGUGUUUGCCAGUUAAGUGUUCUUGUCGUUGAGCGAAGCUAUUUCAGCCUGUGGGGACUGCAAGAAAGCAUCUUCAAGUUACAUCUCAUGCGACAUCUUGCUCGACUAAGAUAACAGGCUGUGUACAAUAAUAAUAAUAAUAAUAAUAAUAAUAAUUCUCGUCUACGUUCCAAAGGGAACUCACGGCAAUGGAGUGACAAAAAGCACCGCGGCAGAGAGAGAAAAGAGAAGAUAUAAUAUUUGACGAACACAAUCACGGUGUAGAUUUCACAUGACUUCCAAUACACCACAUCAGCAAAGCUCUUUCUUAGAAAAAUAAAAGAUUAAAAAAUAAAAUAAGAUAAAUGAAAUGAAAUCAGUGAUCAUCACAGUCAGUCAAGUGUGUCCACACCAAAAUCACAGCCGGUCAUGUGUGUUCACAUCACCGCAGAGCAAAUGUUACUCCACUUCUGCCGGGCAACUGCGCAACUUCUUAGAGUUUCGAGGUGCCCGCUCGUCUUCAAUGCGACGGCUGUGAACUUGACGUCUUGCUGGAGGGUGGCGACUAAACAGGACCCUGGAGCUCCCCUCCUGUGCCUCACAGCGUCCUCCGUUGAUGCGUAUGCAAUCAUGUGUACAAUGUAAAUAUUAAAUACAGUGUUGUUUCACAGUACCACAGUGGAGAAACAACACUGUCUAGUUGCAACACUGUCUAGUUGCAACACUGUCUAGUUGCAACACUGGGCUUCAACAUAACAAGCUGUAUACAAUGUACAUAAUUAUAAUGAUAGGUUUCUCAGCACCCCCCCCCCCCCCCUACAGUGGUAGUUUGCAAUACACCGUGCAACAGGCUGCUUGCACUCCCAUUUUGCCUAGUAAUGCUGAUAUGCAUGGUGUGAGAUUCCUACUUGAAGUAUGUAUAAUAAUAUGCUGUAUCCUGGCUGGUAGUUUGCACUACACCGCGGUACCGUGCAACAGGCUGCUUGCACUUACAGUGAUUAUGUCUGGUAGUAAUGCUGCAUUGCUGGUGUGCAUGGUCUGAGAUGCCCUGCUGCAUAUGUAUAAGUAGUCGUAGUUUGCAAUGCAUGAUGCCACAGACUGCUUGCAUUCCCAUUAAUACUAGCAUUAUGUCUAGCAAGACUGGUAUGGCUACUUCCGAAGAAGUUGAGAGCUUGGGAUACCUGGAUCUAAGGUCUGUAGGUAAGAUGCACUCGCAACCAUGCGCUAGCUGUGUAGUAUUCCACACGCAUGGAAAUAGUCAUGGUAUUGAACCGAAGUGUACAGUCAUUUUGCCCACCCCACUGCCAGGAACGCUGCUGCUGUCCCUUUGGCGUAACAAGUUUAAUCACUAAUCUGGCUUUCACUCACACACGCUCUCACCCACUCUCAUACAUUCACUCACCUCCAACACACCAGUUGCCCUCUUUCUUUCUCCCCGUCUUUCUCUCUAUAUUUUUUUUCUCUUUUCUCAUAUCCCUCUCUCUCUCAGACUCUCAUUCUCACUCUCCCACUCACAAUCUCUCAACAGUGUGCGUUGGGCGACUUGAUCACGACACUACUCUGCAAAGGAGCACACUUGACCUUGACAGACUGCAUGGCUUUUUUAUCACCUACACGCCCAUUUUAGUGCUCUUUGUUGUUGGUAAGGGUUUCCUCCUUUCUAUCUACUUGUAGGUGUGUGCACAAUCAUAAAAAUGGGAAUAUUUGCGGUUUUGUUGC